AUGGGCAGAUGGAAUUUUCUCCCAGAUGAGAUUCUACUGAUGAUUUUCAAAUACUUGGAGGUGAAUACUUAUAACGUAGCUAAAUGCGUGGACACGCUCCUGAGCGGACUGUCGUGCUUGCAGUACGGUAGAUCUACGAUACAAUCCUUCGAGAUGUGCCAGCUUUUCUUUGAGGAAACCUGGAGCUUUUUUCGGUCAUCAAAAUGUCUGCUAGUGGACUGCAUAGCGGAAUUUUUGGAGACACAAACAAACGUGAAAAUGUUAAGUAUACACCACGCUUUCUUGACUCCCCCGUUUGCUUAUAGAAUUAUGAAGAGCUUUGAACGUAGCAAAUCGGUGAAAACGCUAGAGGUUUUGGAUCUUCUGAAUUAUUACAGUAUCGAGGUGACUACUGGUGUGAUUGGCAAGCAGCUAAGAUCUGUUUGUGGUAAAUGCUGGAAACUUCAAGAGAUAAGACUUAACUAUUCAUACCUGAGCUCCGCAAAUGUGGUGGACCUCUGCGAGUACCUCGAAGACAGUCUGAAGAAUUUGUUCAUCUUCAUGACGUCUUUUGACUACACGCGAGGCUGGAGUAUUAUCAGCUCGGACAGUUGGAAGCUCGCUCGUCAGGCUUGUCCUCGUCUGCAAGUUUAUUUCAAUUUCGAGGGCUGGCCCAUAGACGCAGUAUCUUUCCUAGUUCCGUGCAUGCCUCUCGUUGAGCUGACGUCAAGAGGGACCCAGUGCAGGUAUUCUACACUGACAUUCGGGGACAAGACUACCCUGCUCCUGAAUCACUUGGCCGAGGGGUUUGCAGACACUGUCCGGUCUGCUACGUUUAUAGCUGACGCCCAGACAUGCACACCGCCCAGUAGAGACAGUGUAAUCAAAUUUCUAAUUAAAUGUCAACAAGUCAAAUCCCUGGUUUUCUCAAAGCAGCUAAUGACACCGGAAUUAAUUAAUCAGGUCCGAACUGAGAACCCACACAAUAUAAUAAAGGAUUUUACAACUGUAAAAAUUGUCUAA